AUGGCCAACAAAGAACUCAACCUCGGGCCCAUUGAUGCGGCCGACCUGCGCAGACAUAGCGUUGGCACAGUCGAGAUUCAAGACGCUCAAGGUCGGCGCAGGACAGUCCAAUUGGACGAGCUGAACGCGGCCGACAGAGCGCUCGCCGAGCAGUUCGGAUACAAGCCGGUCUUCAAGCGCGAGUUUGGCUACCUCUCCACCUUUUCUUUCGCCGUCAGUAUUUCCGGCCUCUAUUCGACCACUGCUACCACCUUCAUCUACCCGCUCGAGGCUGGUGGCUCUGCCUCCGUCGUAUGGUGCUGGCUGAUCUCCGGUGCUGGAUGCUUGUGCAUUGCCUUUUCCGUGGCCGAACUGGUCUCUGCCUACCCGACCUGUGGCGGCUUGUACUACACCGUUUCUCGACUGGCCCCGAAGCAAUGGGUUCCCUCGAUAAGUUGGAUUGUCGGAUGGAUCAAUCUCCUGGGACAGGUCGCCGGCAUUGCCUCGUCUGAGUACGGCGCUGCCCAACUUCUUCUAGCUGCAGUUUCCAUCGGUCGCGACUUUCAAUGGUUUCCCACCACGAACCAGACGGUCGGAGUCAUGGCGGCGCUGACCGUGCUCUGUGGGCUGAUCAACUCUCUUUCGACCUACUGGAUGGAGAAAAUGACCAAGACCUAUGUCAUAUUCCACUUUGGAGUCCUGUUUGCUUGUGCGAUUGCCCUCCUGGCUGUGACCGACAACAAGCACGAUGCAAGCUACGUUUUUACUCACGUGGAGGGAAGCGCCGGCUGGACUCCCAUCGGAUGGUCCUUCUUGUUCGGUUUCUUGUCAGUGUCGUGGACAAUGACGGAUUAUGAUGCUACGGCCCACAUCACCGAGGAAAUUUCCGAGCCCGAGAUCAAAGCUCCGUGGGCCAUCUCACUCGCGAUGAUCUGUACCUACGUGCUCGGAUGGCUUUUCAACAUUGUCCUCUGCUUCUGCAUGGGAGAUCCUGCCGCAAUCCUCGCUUCUCCAAUCUACCAACCUGUGGCUCAAAUCUUCUACAAUUCCUUGGGCAAGGGCGCCGGCAUUUUCUUCACGGUUUCGGCCUUUAUCGUUCUCCAAUUUGUCUGCUGGACGGCAACGCAGGCAUUGGCACGGACCGUGUUUGCUUUCUCCCGCGAUCGACUGAUCCCCUUCUCCCACGUUUGGACCAAGAUCAACCGUUGGACUGGGACACCACUUUACGCGGUGUGGAUCAGCAUCUUCUGGUGCAUUGCCAUCAACUUGAUCGCCUUGGGGUCGUACAUUGCGAUUGCAGGCGUAUUUAACGUGUGCGCCAUCGCGCUCGACUGGUCGUACGUCAUUCCCAUUGCCUGCAAGCUCAUCUUCGGCAAGUUCACGCCCGGGCCGUGGCAUCUGGGGAAGUUCUCCUUCUUUGUGAACCUGUGGGCCUGUCUAUGGACGCUGUUUGUCUCCAUCAUCUUCCUUAUGCCCACCAUCCGACCGGUCACUGCCGACAACAUGAACUACGCUGUGGUGUUCUUGGCCUUCAUUCUGCUUUGUGCCACGGUCUACUGGUACCUCCGCGGCAAGACAUUCUAUCACGGUCCACUUAUCGAGGCAGAGAUCCAAGAGGCAGAAGUGGAGAGCUCCAGCUCUGCGAUCGAGCAGGAUGAGAAGAAGGGCGAUCUACAUAACCGAACCGUGGUUGCCUAA